AUGUAUAUCUCCUUCCUCAUGGCGACUCAAGUGUGCUGCGCUGGCUCGAUCGCAGUUGAAAUAAGACUGAUGCGCUUCACAGAGAGACGAUUUGGUUAUUCAAGAGAUAGAAGACAUCUACGAAUGCUUAGAAGGCGGCUUGUCAAAACGCAGGAACCAGUCGGCUCUGCAGCGCGCAGCUUGCGGCAUGCUACAACUGGGGGUAACGAUCUCGAAUCUCCGUUGCUGGACACGUGGCGUAGUACUUGCCCCCUCGCCUGUGAAAUCUGGAAUGACUUUGUGCUCCUUUGCAGAUUAGUGAACUUGAGCAUAACGACGGCUGCGAACUCGUGGGCAGGGAGAGUCAAAGAGCUCUCCCGCGCUACUGUGCGUUUGUUCGCUAGUGACGUCCGUGUCCUCGGUCGAUGCUCCGAGGGAUCAGGUGCCCAGUAUCCCUCGUGCGCAGUGGAGCAGAUGUAUGAUAUGUUCAAGAAUCUGUGGACGAGACAUACGAGACGUUUGCAAUCUCAGGGCACGCUGGUCAGGACGUAUGACUUGCCUGAUGCGCCCCAGUGGGCGCAUCUCAGCCACCAUCCCGAUGGCUGUUUGGUAGAGUCAAUCAACUGA